UGUACAUUGUCACUAGGUGGGCUGAGAACAGAACGAUCAGUUUAUUCGAUCAACUCGUCAGGUAACGGUCAUUAGUCGGGAUGGCGUUGCUCUUACUGGCCGUUAUCGUCGUCAGCCUGCUCGGAAUUGUCCACGGGAAGAACUCCUCAGCACCUUUCCAGUUUGACGAGGAAGAUGCUCUCUUGACAGUCCCCCAAUUGAUCCGAAAGUAUGGCUACGACGUGGAAGAGCAUCAGGUCCUUACCGAAGAUGACUACCUGCUGACCAUGUUCCGGAUUCCUCCCCGCAAUGGUUCCACCGGUAAACGCCCGAUCCUGAUGAUGCACUCACUUCUAAGCAGCUGUUCGGAUUUUGUUCUAAUCGGUCCGAAGCACGCCCUCGGCUACCUGUUGGCCAAUCGCGACUACGACAUAUGGUUGGGAAACGCCCGUGGUAAUCGGUACUCCCGGAAGCACAAGUACUUCCACAUAAGGUCUCCGAAGUUCUGGAACUUUACCUUCCACGAGAUCGGUUACUACGAUGUUCCGGCGUUGAUCGACUACGUCCUGGACAAGACCCGCUCCGCGAAGCUCCACUACGUUGGGUUCUCCCAAGGAACACUGAUUAGUUUCGUCGCCAUGAGUAGUCGUCCGGAGUACAACGCCAAGGUCAUUCAACUCCAGGAAUUAUCUCCCGCUGCAUACCUCGACCGAACGUUAAGCAUCUUCAUACGGAUCAUGUCAGUGCUCGCUCCAAGUUUAGGCCCCAGCUACGCAGCCACCGGAGUGUACGAAUUUCUUCCACACUGGAAGGGUCAGUACAACUUCUACAAUACGGUGUGUCCUGAACCGUGGCAAACUCUCUGCCGAUUGUUGAUCUACGAAGUAACCGGUGCCAAUCCCCGGCAACUGGAUAAGAAGACGCUCCGGAUCUUCCUGGGUCACUUUCCGGCAGGAUCGGGACUAAAGCAGAUGUUGCACUAUACGCAGGUUUUCACAGAUGGUCUGUUCCGGCAGUACGACUACAUGGACGCCAAACAGAAUCGAGCGGCCUACGGAAGCUCCAAGGUGCCGUCGUACAACGUAUCGAGGAUCACGGCUCCGGUACGGACUUACUACGGGUACAACGACAAUGUGAUCAAUUAUGGCAACGUGAAACGGUUGGAACGAGAUCUUCCGAAUGUGGUCGGGAGCUACCCGGUGCCGGAUGAACGGUUCAGUCACGUAGAUUUCAUACUGGCGAACGAAGUGAAGGAACUGCUGUACGAUGAGAUUGUUAGGAACGUGGAGGAUGCUGAACGGGAGGCUAGCUGAAUGCCUGAUUUUUGUAUAAUCUGCCUCACUGUAGUGCUACUGUGUAAGAUUUUCUUACAAUCCUUGCAUACGGGGUGUGGAUACAGAUGAGAUUUUUAAAAUAAAGCACAACAGUAGAAUUUAUCCUCCACUGACAAUCUGUAUGAGUCCAUGAAGCUCGA